AUGGCGUCGCUAGGCAUGCGCAACAUGGCAAGCAUGCUUAGCUUCGUCACCCACGCGCCACCAGACAUAGUAAAACCACCUCACAUCGUGGGACUUUCGACGACUCCGCUUCAGUUUGCUAGUCCUCAAAAGAUGGGGUUCUUUUUCACCGAAUUCCUAAAGUGGAAGAUGGUCUUCCAUGGACUGGGAAGUCCCGACCACCAAGCGUGGUAUUCUCUUUUUGAGCCGCAAGACGCCAUAAAGACGCAUAAUUUCACUUAUGGCACAGAUCAUGUCAGUGACGACAAGCGUGAAGCCAUUCUUUCUCGAAUCCGAGUAUCGUCCGAUACCGCCUUCCUGCUCAAGGCCUUUGUUGAGGAGCUUCAUAAGCAGGCCGAGUCUGCCGCAGCUCAGGAUGGAUGCCUAAUUGUAGUGGUCUCUGGGGAGAUGACUCCCGAGCUCAACAUCUGUCUCAGUCUAGAUGGAUGUAGCAGCUACCUGAGAAAGAGCUCUUGGUUUGAUGAUCUAUCCAAGAUGUACGGCGUUCCAAUCACGCUUAUGACACCAUCGUUGUUCUCAACAGGAUGGAAGAUGCAUCCUUUUCUGGGUCAAAUCAAGCCGGAACUCACCUCUCCCGAAGAAAUGGAGACGAUGCUUGCCCAGUCCUGCGGCGGGGCAUUCACAGAGGCAAUAAUCAAAGCUCUUCUCAGCCUUACUCAGUUCGAAGGAUCGGUUGUUGAAGCAGCCAACGUAACUGGAAAAGAGCUUUUUGCUCCACUUUACAAUGCUAUCCACGAUAGCCUCAUUAAUCGGACUCCAGAGGAAGGCGUCGCCGUGGGUAACGGCUAUCCGUUUUUAAAGGGCGCAUUUGGAGGCUCGAAGGAGUCUCAGCUGUGCCACAUCCAAUUCCUGGCCCAACAGGAGCUUCGAUCUUGCCCCGGCGAUUGGGACCAGCCUGGCAACAAAGAAUCCCGCAGCACGCUACUAACGCUGCUCCAGUCCCUGAACCCGCAGGAGGAUCGAGUCCGGGAGACGUUUACUCUAAUAGAGUGGCGUUGUUCAAUGAACUUUGUGGCUGAUGCAACUUUACUCUACCUUGACUUGCCUCAACCCCAGGGAGAAACCUGUCGCAACUGGAAUUGGGACAUACAGCAACAUACCGACGCAGCCAAAAAGGAUUUUGGACGCCUUCGCUCUGAGAUUUUCGGUCAACUCACGGAGUAUUGGCCCAGAAACUCUCUCCCAGUAGGAAUUCAACGCAACAACUUUCGCGAUAAUCUGUACUGGCGUCCCCUGCAGUACUUGUCCACGGCCAUUUGCGAAAAUGUUUUUGACUCAAGCAAUUACACAAAGUCUGCAGCCGCCGGGUUCGAAGCCAUGAACAAGGCCAAAACCUUUAUCACGAGAAUGGCUGAACUUCAGUUUCUCAUGAUCCGCAACGGAAACAGCACGGUCAUGAACCUUGGUCAAGCUUGGGCUGAUUGUGCCCUAGGUCCGAAUGCUAGCACCUCGCCCGCGCCUGUCGUUUAUACAACGCCAUCUGCACUCCCUUUGACUGCAUCUGUCGCACAUGCUACACUGGAUGGCGCCAGCCCAAAUGUUUUUGUUGUAACGGAGAAAAGGACAGCAUUCCCAUCUGAACCUGCUUUGAUGGCCGCCCAGAAGUCGGCUGCCGCGGUAAAAGCAGUACCAAACCCCGUUGUUAGUUCUCAGCAAGAGAAAAGCGACGUUACGGAUAUUAGCUUAAAGCUGCAGGCCGAUCCCCAGCUCUUGGAGCGAGUGAGGCUAUUUCUUGCCCAUCAAGGGCAGAGCAGUGACGAGAAAACAGCAAAAUCUGUAGACUGUCCUAUCGACUCAAUUGCUCGUCUCGGCGCCUCGCCAGACAGCAAGGCCAAGUUGCCCACAUCGUCGGAUCUCGUGCUGGGAACUGUCCCACCCCUCCAGCCGUUCAAGGCUACGUCGCCACAGAUGAAAUCAAUGCAUGAGAGGAAAAGGAUGCUGGAUCAGAUGGAUGCUAGGGCUCAGGAGGAGGACGCAAAAGUCAACGAGGCCAGAAAGAUCCAGAUGGGCGCCAAAUGGUCGGCGAAAAACUGUUGGUGA